CUUUACUAAUGCAGUCUUGUACCUUUUCAAAAUAUGCUCCUUAAGAUCAUUCUCCUAGCCUGUGUCCUUGAUUAUUUUAUGUCCAUCCUUUAUCCAAGAAAUGUAUGUCUUUACGUUCAAGACCCUUUCAUAGUUUUAAGUUUCCUCUUUUUCCCUAUCAAAUGGUUGUUUUAUGCUUCUGAUCAGCUUCUCUUUCAAGUCAAGCAUGUUGUUGCUACAUCUUUGCAACCGCAGUCCUUCUAAAUGCUUCUACAAAACUUUGGAAGACCUUGAUGCCUCUUAAUCCUGACCAGAAUGAGAGACUCAGGUGGUUUUCUAUCAAAUGUUGCCCUGCUUUUUGCCACCCCAGUGUUAUCCCUUUUCUUCGAUUAAAAAGUACUCACGAACAGGAACCAAUUUUUCCUUUUGUCUUUGGACAGGACCUUUUGUAAUCAGGUUUUUGGCCUUAGCUGGGCAGCUUUGCAGUGUGGGUGGAUCAGAGUUACUACGUGCUUCAAGGCUGUCCUUUAUGCGCUCCUUAACCUUGUUGAAGCGGCCUCAUUCUUUCACCUGCUCAGUUUCUUUAACAAAUAAUAGUACAAAAUAGCUCGGGGUGUGUGAAGCAUUGCGUUUGAAUAAUGUUCAAGAGUAAGGGUGCUCUUAAGUAAGAAUAAGAGUAUUUUUCAGACUGAUGUUGUCCUAGACAUACAAGGUGUCCUCAUGUAGCGUGUGAGGUUCAGCUCAGAACCCACCUGCUUAUUACCUGGCUGUUCAAGAAGAUGCCUCCUAUGUACUUUAAAAUUUCCCAAGUUUUUCUGAACUUCACAGUUGCUUCUUCUUAAUCUGGUAAUGGCUACAUAAUAAUCAGCUUUCAUUAACAUUUCUCAAAAUUGCUUUCCUGGAAACAUGUUAAAUAAUGUGUCACUUCAAAGUGACCCCUUGUUCCAUAGUCCCUUUAACAAAGAAAACUUUGGCGCCAUCAUUUAAAUGUAAUUUCUUCUAAAGGAAAGAAAAUCUGUCCAACGCAAGAGUAAGCAGAUAUUCCCCCUCAUGGAUUUUUUUUUUUUUUUUCCCCAAGGGGAAAUACCUUCUUCUCAUAGGAAUAAAUUGGUGGGGGAAAACGCUCACUCAUAUGAAGGUUACCAACUUCCAUGCGUAUAAACUAGCAGAGCUGCAGUUGCUUCUGUGGACGUAAUUUAUUAAAUCCACUGAAUAUUCGACAUCUAGCUUUUAAAUGUGAAUUCUGUGUUUCAGGUGAUUUCUGAGGCUCCAGUCUCCUGUAACGGUACCUCCCCAUUCUGCAUUUCACAUCGGCGAUGCUUUGCUGUUCCUGACAACGAUACGGGAUCCGAGGUGAAACAUGCAUCACCAGUUAUGUCACGGAUCUCGGUGUUCACUCAUAAAACACAAGCAGCAGUUGGAAGGCUUCUUCUGGGGGCUUUUCCCUCCAUUUUUGCUACAAAGUUAGAUGUUGCAUCUUUGGCGAAAUAGGAUUUUCUUGGAACUAUAAACUAGGAAACUAGUGAAGUCGGUAUUUGGGCUUUGCUGACAUUCUAAGAAUCUUUAGACUCUUAGAGAGUUCAGAGUCAGAGGCACAUUUUUUUUUUUAAACAGGAAAAUCUGUUUUUAAAAGCAGUAGUGUUUUGGAGAGACAAAAUAUGCGAGCACUUGGGUAGCUCCGAAUUUCAAGGUAAAUACAAGGGAAAUGGAAAAUCCUGAAACUUAAUCGUUAACCUUUGAUCAAAAUGAGUAUUGGUAAUUUUAACUGGGGAUGCUCAGCUUCCAAAAGCAAAUGACAUCUGCUUCACCUCAUGUAUGCAGAAUAGGGAGGGAAGGGAGAGAAAGGUGUAAUGAUGAGAGCAAGUCACCUCUGUAAAAAGCUUCUUGAAACCACUGGGUGCACCGUACUUGGGAUGAACUGACCCUCUUUUCUAUCUGGAAAGCUUUUAAUGAAAGAGGAAAAGGACCCGAUGAUCUUUUACUGCAAAGGUUAAUAACAUAAAAUACUGAUGAGCAUUUUAUGUAAGAAGCGAAGCCUGCAGGUCUCAUUACCUGGCCCUCCCGAUUGUGGACUCACGUCCGAUGAGGGAAGUGGGAAAUACACUUGACACAUUUAAAGGGUUAUAGUGGACAGCGUUCACAUUUCUGAUUCCAUUCCCCACGCAUUUUUCUCGUUAAUAGAAAUACAAAAUUCCACUGAGGUCGCCCAGGCUGUCUUCCAGCCCAGGCAAGCUUGUUCACCCACCAGACACUGACAGCCGAGAGACACGUGUCUGACUGCAGUGAACAUCAAGGCUUGCUUCCCCUGGAGCAAAGGACCAAAAGUGUGGUGGAUCAUUUAAAAAAUCACAGAGAAGAUGUCAGUAGACUUAUGGUCCAUAGCAGUCUGAAGGGGAUGUAUGGAGCUUGUCUUGAGAAAAUAUCGAUGCUCUGGGCCUUUUCCUGCUCCCAUUCCAGUUGCUGAAUAUUUUGCUCUUGUCCUUGGUGUACAUCACGCUUUGCAGGAAAUUCAAGAAGACAACAAUCUUAAAAUAGCACAGGAAAACAAAAAGGAAAGGUGAGAAGGAACUCUUCUUUGUUCUCGUGCUCCCUGGAAAUGCAUGGGCCCGCAGGGGCGAAUGCCGCGCGCCAUCCGGAGGAAUGGGCUCUUCUUGCUAAGAGUCGUGAGUAAAGUUGGUUCCAGGUUUCCUUUCUUCACUACCUCCCUUGCAGAUUCCAGCUGGAGAUUUCAAGGGUGACAUAUGUUAUGGUCCCAAAUGGCAUGUCCCCCGAUGCUGUCUGUCUGAACAUUUCUCAGUGGGGAAAGGAGAGGACCUUCUGUUACUAUGAAGUGACGUGACGAGCAUCACAUCGUGCGAGCUGGGAUGAUGACUCAGGCCACGGCUGGAGGACCCUUCCUCGUUUUGCUGAAAUCGGGUGGGGAGAGGAUCUAGAACCUGGUUCUACCUAGCUGGAGGACGGGAGAUUUCUCAGCCUGAAGCCGCUUUCCCUCUCUGCCUCAGGAUGCCUUAACAGGCCAUGAAGAUUCAAUUGCCUGAUAGUCUACAAAUGAGCCUAUCAAAGCCCUGUUACGUCCACUUUGAUCCAUCCACUCUCCAUCAGAAGGCAGAAGCCCAGCAGGACGGAGAAGCCAUCUGCAGGUCGCCUUCGUGGGCACCAGCCACCGUACAAUCAACUCCACUCUCGGACACAAGGAAUCUGAGAUGAGAGAACACUAGAUUUUGAUGAUUAUUUUGACACCGUUGCUCUCACCUGUAUGUUGACAGGAUAAAAAUCUUGAACAUGCCUCGUAGCCCAACAUCAAGUGAAGAUGAAAUGGCACAAAGCUUUUCCGACUAUUCUGUUGAAUCUGAAUCAGACAGCUCCAAAGAAGAAACCAUUUAUGACACAAUUAGAGCAACCGCAGAAAAGCCAAGCAGCAGAAUGGAAGACAGUCAGAGCAACACGUUAGUGAUCCGAAUUAUAAUACCCGAUCUGCAGCAAACGAAAUGCAUUAGAUUUAACCCAGAAGCUUCAGUGUGGGUUGCAAAGCAACGGAUUUUGUGCACUUUGAAUCAGAGUUUGAAAGAUGUCCUGAAUUAUGGACUCUUCCAGCCUGCAAGCAAUGGUAGAGAUGGGAAGUUUCUGGAUGAGGAACGACUUCUUAGGGAAUACCCACAGCCAGUGAAUAAAGGAGUUCCUUCACUUGAGUUUCGAUACAAGAAAAGAGUGUACAAACAGUACAAUCUUGAUGAAAAACAGCUGGCCAAGCUUCACACGAAGGCAAACUUGAGGAAAUUUAUGGAUCAUGUCCACCAUCUCUCAGUGGAAAAAAUCACAAAGAUGUUGGACCGAGGACUGGACCCAAACUAUCAUGACCUAGAAAGCGGAGAAACACCCCUAACUUUGGCAGUUCAGCUUGACAAUACGGUAGAAGUCAUAAAAGCUCUGAAAAAUGGAGGAGCGCAUUUAGACUUCAGAGCCAAAGAUGGAAUGACAGCUCUGCACAAAGCAGCCAGAGCCAAGAACCAAGUAACCCUCAAGACCCUUUUAGAGCUUGGAGCGUCUCCUAACUACAAAGACAGCUGUGGCCUGACACCACUGUACCACACCGCUAUUGUGGGAGGGGACCCUUACUGCUGUGAGCUGUUACUGCACGAACACGCUACAGUCAGUUGCAAGGAUGAAAAUGGAUGGCAAGAAAUUCAUCAGGCUUGCCGAUACGGACACGUCCAACAUCUGGAGCACCUCCUCUUCUACGGCGCCGAUAUGUGCGCGCAGAACGCCUCGGGAAACACAGCGCUGCACAUCUGCGCCCUGUACAACCAGGAGGGCUGUGCAAGAGUGCUGCUGUUCCGGGGAGCCAACAAGGAGAUUAAGAAUUACAACAGCCAGUCUCCAUUUCAGGUGGCCAUAAUAGCGGGAAAUUUUGAGCUCGCUGAAUAUAUCAAGAAUCACAGGGAAGCUGAUAUUGUGCCCUUUAGAGAGGCUCCCACCUAUUCCAACAGAAGGCGGAGACCCCCAAGCACCUUGGCAGCACCUCGGAUCUUGCUUCGUUCCAACAGCGACAACAAUCUCAACAUCAACAACCUCCCAGAGUGGUCAGCCUCCUCCUCUGCUUCUUCGCACCGCAGCCUUUCACCUCAUCUACUUCAACAGAUGCAGAAUAAUCCUAAUGGAACUGUAAAAACUGUGGGGAGUUACACUCCGUCCUCCCGGAGCCGGUCGCCGUCCCUAAACAGGCUGGGAGAGGAUGCCAAACGGCAGCAGCACAGGCACAUCAGUGCCGUUUACAAUCCUAGUGCCAACAAGGAUACUCUGUCUGCCUUGGAUUAUCAGGGUCCAAAACGCAAGCUUUACAGUGCUGUACCUGGAAGACUUUUUAUUGUCGUAAAGCCAUAUCAACCUCAAGGAGAAGGGGAAAUACAUCUGCACAAAGGAGACAGAGUCAAAGUUUUAAGCAUCGGCGAAGGUGGAUUCUGGGAAGGCAGCACCCGGGGACAUAUCGGAUGGUUUCCAGCAGAGUGCGUUGAAGAAGUUCAGUGUAAACCCAAUGAAAGCAAACCAGAAACACGAACAGAUAGAACAAAGAAACUCUUUAGACACUACACAGUUGGAUCCUAUGACAGCUUUGAUGCUUCAAGUGACUGCAUAAUAGAAGAAAAGGCAGUGGUCCUGCAGAAAAAAGACAAUGAAGGAUUUGGAUUUGUGCUCAGAGGGGCAAAAGCUGACACACCAAUUGAAGAAUUCACCCCAACUCCAGCCUUUCCUGCUUUGCAGUACUUGGAAUCUGUGGACGAAGGGGGAGUAGCAUGGCAAGCUGGCCUGAGAACUGGAGACUUUUUGAUCGAGGUUAAUAAUGAGAAUGUAGUGAAAGUUGGCCACAGGCAGGUGGUGAACAUGAUUCGACAAGGGGGCAAUCACCUAGUUCUUAAGGUUGUCACAGUAACCAGGAAUCUUGAUCCAGAUGACACAGCUAGAAAGAAAGCCCCACCACCUCCUAAGCGAGCUCCAACCACUGCACUGACCUUGCGGUCUAAGUCAAUGACCUCAGAGCUUGAAGAGCUUGCUUCAGUACGGAAGAAGAAGGAUAUUCUCCCUUCACAUUUUGAAGGUUUGAAGAAGAGGAUUGUUUUUCGAGUCACACUAAAUAAGGUGGAUGAAAUAGUACCGGUUUCCAAGCCAUCAAGAAUUGCAGACAAUGCAACUGUGGACUCAAGAGUGGCAACUAUUAAACAGCGGCCUUCUAGUAGAUGUUUUCCCUCAGCUACAGAUAUGAAUUCCAUGUAUGAGAGACAGGGUAUUGCUGUGAUGACGCCCACUGUACCAGGGAGUCCUCAAGGUCCUUUUCUGGGUAUACCUCGGGGUACAAUGAGAAGACAAAAAUCUAUAGGAAUAACAGAGGAAGAACGGCAGUUUUUGGCUCCUCCUAUGCUGAAGUUUACCAGAAGUCUUUCAAUGCCUGACACCUCUGAAGAUAUCCCACCGCCGCCGCAGUCCUUACCUCCUUCACCACCACCACCUUCUCCCUCUCUGUACAACUCUCCCAAAUCCCCAACAUCAAGGAGCUAUGGAACUAUUAAGCCUCCGUUUAAUCAGAAUUCAGGUGCAAAAAUUUCUUUGGUUAGGCCUGAGAAUGUGGGAACGAUGAUAAGGGACAAAGGGAUCUAUUUCAGACGAGAACUGGACCGAUACUCUCUGGACUCUGAGGACCUGUACAGUCGGAGCGCCGCAUCUCAGGCAAAUUUCAGGAACAAGAGGGGUCAGAUGCCAGAAAACCCGUAUUCUGAAGUUGGGAAGAUUGCAAGCAAAGCAGUUUACGUGCCAGCCAAACCAGCGAGGCGGAAGGGGAUGCUGGUGAAACAAUCCAAUGUAGAAGACAGUCCGGAAAAGACCUGCUCUAUUCCAAUCCCGACGAUUAUUGUGAAAGAGCCGUCCACCAGCAGCAGUGGGAAAAGCAGCCAAGGGAGCAGCAUGGAAAUCGAUCCUCAGUCUUCAGAGCAACCUGGGCAACUCCGACCCGACGAUAGCUUAGGUGUCAGCAGCCCGUUUGCAGCAGCCAUUGCCGGAGCAGUGAGGGACAGGGAAAAGAGGCUGGAAGCGAGGCGUAAUUCCCCAGCCUUCCUUUCCACAGACCUAGGAGAUGAGGAUGUUGGACUAACGCCACCAACACCACGUAUGAGGCAAUCUAAAUUUACCGAUGAAGCAAUGUUUAGUAGUGAAGAUGGUUUUAGACAGCUUAUGUCGCCAUCUCCGAUUCCCGCACCCAGAGAGCCUGAAAAUCUUUUUAAUAACAGUGAACCCAGCAAUCAAAGUGAUUCAAGGACAUUAAACGCUUCGUCCAAAACGAAAGGUACUGAAAACAGUACGGUGGCAGCUAAGUCCGCGAAUGCGUCCAGCUCAGAUAAUUACGUUCACCCAGUCACAGGAAAGCUAUUAGAUCCAAACUCACCGCUAGCCCUCGCUCUCUCUGCCAGGGACAGAGCCAUGAAAGAACAAACACAGCAGAUUCCAGGCAAAGGAGAUGCUGUUAAAGCUGACCUUAAUAAACCACUUUACAUCGAUACAAAGCUGAGACCCAAUAUUGAAACGACUUUUCCUGUUACUGCUACUGUCACUAGGCAAAACACUCGCGGCCCAUUGAGACGGCAGGAGACCGAGAACAAGUACGAAACAGAUGCAGGGAAAGAGAAGAAAGCUGAGGAGAAGAAAAACAUGUUGAUAAACAUUGUGGAUACUUCGCAGCAAAAGUCAGCUGGCUUGUUGAUGGUUCAUACCGUGGACACAGCCAAGUCAGAUGAUACGCCCGAAGAUGAAGAGGAAAAGAGAGAUGAAAUGGAACCGAACCCCGAAAACUCCCCGCCGGAGAGGCCAGAGGGGAGCGAGGAAGCGGAAGGUGAGCUGAACGUGCCUGCCGCGUCCGAGCCACCGGCAUCUCCCUGCAAAACCAUCGUAGCAGCGAGCUCUGUUGACGACCCUGUCAUCUUGCCGUUCCGCAUCCCUCCGCCACCCUUAGCAUCAGUUGAUAUCGAUGAAGAGUUUAUUUUUACUGAGCCACUACCACCCCCCUUAGAGUUUGCCAACAGCUUUGAUAUCCCCGACGACCGCGCAGCUCCCGGUUCGGCUCUAACAGACUUGAUUAAGCAAAGAAAAAAUGGCACGCCUUCACCCGCGCCGUUUGCCCCCAGCCAGUCAACAAAUUCCUUAGAAAGUAAAAAACAAGUGGGUCUUUCAAACUGUUUGCCUGCCUCCUUUCUGCCACCCCCUGACAGCUUUGAUAACGUCACUGACUCUGGGAUUGAGGAGGUAGACAGUCGAAGUAGUAGUGACCAUCACUUAGAGACAACCAGCACUAUCUCAACGGUGUCCAGCAUCUCUACCUUAUCCUCGGAAGGGGGGGAGAACGUGGAUACUUGUACAGUCUAUGCAGAUGGGCAAACAUUUCUGGUGGACAAACCCCCAGUACCUCCUAAGCCAAAAAUGAAGCCCAUAAUCAACAAAAGCAAUGCACUUUACAAGGACGCGCUGAUUGAAGAAACUGUAGACAGCUUUGUUAUUCCUCCUCCCGCUCCGCCCCCACCUCCCAUCAGCGCACAGCCCAAUAUGGCUAAAGUUGUUCCCCAAAGGACAUCUAAGCUAUGGGGUGAUGUGACGGAGGUGAAAAGCCCAAUUCUCUCAGGCCCAAAGGCUAAUGUUAUUAGUGAAUUGAACUCAAUACUCCAGCAAAUGAACAGAGAGAAAUCCUCAAAGCCAGGGGAAGGAUUGGAGUCACCUACUGGAACAAAAACCGCAAGUCUCAGUACAAGGAGCACGGAAGUCAUGAGUACUGUCUCAGGUACACGAAGUACAACAAUCACUUUUACUGUCCGACCUGGAACCAGCCAGCCGAUCACACUGCAGAGCAGGUCCCCAGACUAUGACAGUAGGACCUCAGGAGCAAGACAUGCUCCAAGCCCUGUGGUUUCACCAACAGAGAUUAAUAAAGACAUCAUGCCUGCUCCUCUGACUGCUUCUGCUUCAGCUUCAUCUCCUUCUCCAACUUUGUCCGAUGUAUUUAGCCUACCCAGCCAGCCCCCUUCUGGGGACUUAUUUGGCUUGACCGCAGGGCGCAGCAGGUCUCCUUCUCCCUCAAUAUUACAACAGCCAAUCUCAAAUAAGCCUUUUACAACUAAGCCUGUCCACCUGUGGACUAAACCAGAUGUGGCAGAUUGGUUGGAAAGUCUAAACUUAGGUGAACAUAAAGAAACAUUUAUGGACAAUGAAAUAGAUGGCACUCAUUUACCAAAUCUACAAAAGGAAGAUCUGAUAGACCUUGGAGUGACUAGAGUUGGGCACAGAAUGAACAUAGAAAGAGCUUUGAAACAGCUGCUGGACAGAUAAGAAUAGCUAUUUUGCCUCACAAACUUCUGUUGAUAACUAGAGAUGGGCUGGUACUGAAAUACCCCAAAUGCCUUGUCUGUCUGCGAGUGCCAGCAAAAUUGUGGGGGGAGGGGGAAAACAGCUUAAUUCCUGGUACUCAGGUAACGCAGACUGUAUGCUACAUGCCCAAACAGAAAUCUAAAUAUGUUACACGAGUGGGGCCAUUUGAUUUCAAAGUUGUGGGGAGAUACGAGAGAGAGAGAGAAAAUUGUUAACUUCAAAAAUAUUAUCCCUUGAUAACGCCCCUCUGCUGGAACCAUCACGUACCACUUUUCUUUCAAUAUAAAAUCGCAAGCGUUUCAUUUUUUUAAUUGAAAAGCACUAGAUUCUCUUCUUGAUGUUCAGUCUCCGAGCAGGCUUCCUUCCCCAACCCUUAGCUCGUUUUCAGAGGACAGAUUGCUUCAUUACCACCCAAACCCAUUUUUGUUGGUAGCAGAGGCACAAUGUUAGGACAGGUAGAGGAGUUCAUAAUACUGUUUUUUACUAGUUUAGCGCUCUGAUUUGUUGGCAGCGAAGCUGGUUGUUCUGCUGGAAUUAGUUCCAAGGUAACCUUGCUCUGUUUUACCUGGUAUUUCUUUAUUUCUGCAGUUAUACUUAGCACUCUUCCAAGGUGGCAGAACAAGUUCACUACACGCUCCAUUGACUUGACCUGUAAGACGCUGCAGACGUUGCAUAAAAACUGAGGAGGAAUGCACACUUAGAGGUACAACAAAAUGAAGCUAGUUUGAACCUGAGACCCCCAGUUUUCAACCAGCUAAACUACUGCCGAGUCGCGAUAUGAACUCUGCAAACCAGUAAAAAUGUGGGGUUAUGUCCAGAGGCGUCCUUUGGACUUCGCAGUCAGGUGCUCAGAUAUGCUGAGCCCUGAGAGAUGCUGUUGAAUUCAGUGAGUGGUAAGUGCUUGGCUAUUUUGAACACCAGGCCAAGAAAGGAGAAAGAGAUAGAUGAAGGUUCCCAUUGAAGUCAGUGGGAAGGUUGCCAGUAUUUUAAGUGAGAGAGAGAUUUCAGCCUUGUUAAAAAAAAAAAAUAAAAUGAAAAAGGUAAAAAGGUAAUGCCGAGAUGGAAGGAGGUAUGUAGUGUCUCAGAAUGCGUGUGUUCCGAGGGCCAGGAGAACCGGGUAGGCAUCCAGGUUCUCACUUUUAUCGCUGUUAAGAGGUAUUGGCUUCUUGACAAGGCGAGCAGGCUGAGCACGUCGCGGGGGAGCUGGACGCUGCCCGUCGGCCUCCGGCCGUCUCUUUGCAGGGCCCUUAGCGAGGCGGCAGGAGCGGUGCCCGCGCCCUGCUAGAAACCAGGCGGCCGCGGCCGAGCAGGGACGGGGCGGUGGGGCAGGAGAGCUCGGGAGCUUUCCAGGAGACUUCAGUCAGCAGGGGGAAACACGCAGAUUUGGUUCACCUGACUUUUCAUUUCGACUUUUCUUUUUUUUUUUUUUUUUUUUUAAAGUUAACAAGUCUCUCUCUGCAUGUUUGAACUCCCCUUGUAAUUAACACCUCUUAAUAUCUGUGAGUUUUGUAGGUCUUUAUUAACAUAAUAUUCAAGCUGUUCAAGGUGGGUACGUUGUGUGUGGAUGGCUAGACUGCCUACCUGCCGUACUUCCAGGUUCCCUUACAUUUCGCAAGGUACCUGAACUUUCUUUCCUUGAUAUGGUCCUUGAUAUGGUCCAGCCUAUCUCUAAUUUUUUUAUUGUGAUUAUUUUUGCUCACAGACAAGUGUCUAAUUAGGUCUGCAACAGCCCUAGUAUGAGUACAUAAAGUUUAGCAUUUUAAAUAUCUUUCUUUACUGCAAGUUUAAAUAGUUGUACAGAUAGUUUAUAAGCACAAUAUUUUAAGAAAAUAAGUGGCUGGUCUACUGGGCAGCCUUUGUGCCACUUCAGUGCUAGAAAGUUAAAAAUGAAAAAAAAAAAACAAAAAAAAAACUUUUGUGGUUUACUACUAUUUCUGUGGAAUAAUUAUAAAGUCUUGACCUUUUUAAAAUCAACCUCAUUUGGAUGCAUCUGAACCAGCAGAGCUGUGUUAUAUUUUCUAUCUUUGCUAGAACUUCUACAAAGGAGGAUGAAUAUUUCUUCAAAAGUGGUUAUAGUUACCAACGCAUUGGAUACUCGUAAAAAGCAACUUAUUUAGCCUCCUGCCCCCUUUACGGAACAACAAAUCUUUUGACUUACCAUCUGUUACUACGCUAUAUUUGUAUUUGAAAGUUCCAAGUAACCUUGUAAUAAAAAUCAAGUACUAAGGCAUUUUACUUUCAAGAGUACUGAAUUUUUCCAUAGGUGGUGUAGAACAAUGGCAGUUUCAUUCAGCUAGUCGAUACAGGCAACUUGAGGCCAUCAAAUACUUUAAGAAGUGUAAAAAUGGUAAUUUAGCCAUCAUUGUCUUCCAUUUGGUGAUACGACAGAAUUCAGUAAAUAAACCACUGAUGCCAUGCUCUUUUUUUUAUUUCUUUGGGUACAGUUGAUAUUACCUCUAUAAUACGUGCCAGAACAUACGUUAGAAAAUACGGUAGUAAAAGAAAAUGUAGAAGUUGACUUUUAAGCUGCUUUUUAAUCACAACCUUCUUGUUGAAUUUACGUUGAGCGAGCGCUGACAUACACGGUAAAUUCCAGUUGACGGUAAUCCCUUUCUUACACAGGUGUGUUUCUUGCUCGUGUAUCUUUCCAGGUACCGAAAGAAUAGGUACGAUACAAUUAGCAGAAAAGAGGUUUAACACGCUCAAGAGCUAACGAAAUAGUUUAUUUUUUACAUUGUGUCUUACAACGCAAAGGUAAGGAGACCUGAGAGGACCUACUUUCACCAAUAAAACACGCCUCUGCCAAGAUGAAUUGGUCUCUAGCUCUGUGGGAUGAUUUUGCGACAGAAAGCAAUAGUAACAGAUACCGACGUUGCCGCCGAGUAUUUUCAUCAGUCUGGAAAUGUUGGGGGGGGAGGAGAGAAGACCCAUUUAUUUCAUGCUACUAUGAUAGUGAAAAAACCAAGUUGUUAGAGAUCUAUGAACUACGUUACGAUAUUCUGGGUUUUAGGAUCAACUUUUGUUUAUAUACUGUAAUUUAAAUAAAUUGCAUUUACAUGCCUAGUUUCUGUAAUAUUUGUGUAUACAAUACCAAAAUCUUACAAGAUGUAAAUUGUGUAUAACUGCACAGACUCCUUUCCCUAGGUGUCUGAGAACAUUUUAAGUUGAAUUCAUAUAUUAUAAAAUGACUAGAUGUGACUGUUGAUUUACAGAAUUUACAUAUCACAAAAGUUAAUUAUUUGUGGUACUUAAGUUAAUAAAAAUAGUGAUUUUUUUUUUUUUUCUCAGUUCUUAAAAAGCAUUACCCAGUUGAUCUGGCGAUGAUUAUGUGUAUGAGCCACAAAUAUUGAUAAUUUUUUUCCAUUACAUUUUUUUCUUUUCUUUUCUAGAUAUUAAUAUGUUUCUCGCUAUAGUUUGUGUAACAACUUGUGUUCACGUUAUCUAUGUUGCUGUAAUUUUUGUGCUUUAAUUACUCUUAUUUCGACUGAUUAAAAAAUCAAGCUCCUGUAACUUGCACUUUUCCCCAAUCCUUAAUACUCUUGUAUGGCAACCAAAAUUACUGUAAGAAAUAAAUAUAAUAUUGCACUAAGGUUGUGGUUCUGAUUGCAAACAGAGAACACUGUCUGAAUUUUUAUUAAAAAAAAAAAAAAAAGUUGCCAAAACCCCUUGCAAUCUGAUGUUAUUGAAAGCGCAUAAAAUGCUUUAACAAAAUGUAGGUAGAAUUAAGGCAAAAUAAUUGAUUUAUUGUUGGGAAAAAAAAAAUAUUUCUGUUUUAUUUCUUCUUUCUGGUUAAAGCAUUCUUUAUGCCGAACAUGAGUUCUUUUGCUGAAUUUCAGCUUCGUGUUUGAAAUAUGAAAAGCGAAAAUUCGCAGCGAGAGGUAGAAGAGCGCGUUAUCUAUUUGCCUUAAGGUGGAUUGCGAAUCAUUGUGUUUUCCCUUGGCUGAACGUGCGCGUGGGGAUGCAUGCGCGCAACGUAGCCCUGCGGCUCGCAGAAGGCACGCGACUGUGGAUCUCUUCCGCGAUUUAAUAAGGCUCCGAAAAGG